UCUGAACAUAGUUUCAGUAUCUUUACACUUUAUUUAAGUUCAUAAGUCAUGAGAAGAGCAUCCAUUCUAUCUAGUGCACUUCCCAUCCUGUAGGAAGAGAUUUGGGCUCGAGCCGGAGAUCCGCGUUGGUCAUAGAGAGAGAGAGAGAGAGAGAAAGAGAAAGAGGAGGGGGGUUUCUGUGCUCCAGUAAUGGCGGCGUCCGUGUACAGGUCCCGCACUCUGAGCAAGGACGAUGGCCGUUACCGCACACAUUUCCGCAUGAUCAACGAGCAGCAGGUGGAGGACAUCACCAUCGAGUUCUUCUACAAACCUCACACCAUCACCCUGCUGACCUGCACCGUGCUCAGCCUCAUGUACUUCGCCUUUACGAGAUAUGAUGGGAAUCCUGACAGUAAUCUGCGUGUAGGUCUUAUAGUGAUCAUCUUCUUUUUCUCGGUCAUCAGUGUCCUUGCCUUCCCAAACGGUCCGUUCACAAGGCCACACCCAGCAAUAUGGAGAAUAGUGUUUGGUUUGAGCGUGCUCUACUUCCUGUUUCUGGUCUUCAUCAUCUUCCUGAACUGGGAGCAGGUGAAGGGUCUCAUGUACUGGCUGGACCCAAACCUCCGCUAUGCCAAGCGGGAAGCUGACAUCAUGGAGUAUGCCGUGAACUGUCACGUGAUCACGUGGGAACGAAUUCUGAGUCAUUUCGACAUCUUCGCGUUCAGCCAUUUCUGGGGUUGGGGCAUGAAGGCCCUGCUGAUCCGCAGCUACGGUCUCUGCUGGACCAUCAGCAUCACGUGGGAACUCACUGAGCUCUUCUUCAUGCAUCUCCUGCCCAACUUCGCGGAGUGCUGGUGGGAUCAGGUGAUCCUGGACAUCCUGCUCUGUAACGGCGGAGGGAUCUGGCUCGGCAUGACCGUGUGCCGCUUCCUGGAGAUGCGCACGUACCACUGGGCCAGCAUCAAGGACAUCCACACCACCACGGGGAAGAUCAAGCGCGCUGUGCUGCAGUUCACUCCGGCCAGUUGGACCUACGUGCACUGGUUCGACCCCAAAUCCUCGUUCCAGAGAGUAACUGGAGUUUACCUGUUCAUGAUCAUCUGGCAGUUGACGGAGCUGAACACCUUCUUCCUGAAGCACAUCUUCGUUUUCCCAGCAUGCCACGCUCUGAGCUGGGGUCGCAUCCUCUUCAUCGGCGUCAUCACCGCCCCCACUGUGAGGCAGUACUACGCCUAUCUCACAGACACGCAGUGUAAACGAGUCGGGACGCAGUGCUGGGUGUUUGGAGCCAUCGCUUUCCUCGAGGCUUUAGCGUGUGUUAAAUUUGGACAGGACCUGUUCUCCAAGACGCAGAUCCUCUACGUCAUUCUGUGGCUCCUGUGUGUGGCCUUCAUCACGUUCCUGUGCCUGUACGGGAUGGUGUGGUAUGCUGAGACUUACGGGCCCAGAGAGAAGAGUUUGUCAGAGUGCGAGGACAGCGUUUACACCGAGACCGGAGACAACAUGUGUUUGAAAGGGUCGGACUCGGCGGCGCCUCCCACCACCAGGAGGAGAGGGAAAGGAUCCGGAAACAACAAACCCAUCAACGGAGUGGAGAAAUAAAGAACCUCUCCACACACUCGCUCCUGCAGGAACCGAGGAACGAUGAAGAGAAGGAUGAGGGGAGAGAAAGUCAACCUUUUGCACAAACAGGGCUCCAGGCGUCGGAGGGGAUAUCAGGACGAGACGGCCGUGUCUUUGGUCCCGGGUUUGGUCAGUGUUGAGCCACUAGGUGGCGCUACAGACGUGACGAGGUGAAAAACUGAGCACUGAGGUUCAUGUUCAUGUUCACUGGAGAAACUCUUAGAUGUGUUUUUUUUUUUUUUUGUCCCCACUGCAGUAUUGUCUCUGUGUUUCCCGUGUCGUCGAUAGCAACAGACGCGCGUAGGAGUGGUGUGUGCCGAUAUAUAUUCGCAUUUCCAUACGAUCCAUGCGAUUAAAAACAAACAAUUUAUCACCGUUUACGCUAAUAUCACACAUAGCAACACACGUCCAAACAUCAUUAACUCCAAAACCUUAUUAUUAUAAUCCAUAUUCACAUCCAGGACAAUCCUUAAAUAUUAGGAGGCGGAGCCUAGGGGAAAGGGGCGGGGCUAUACGGAAUUGCCCGUCUUCAUAACAUUCCAUGUAGAUAAAGUUUCGUUCGUGUUUAUAGAUGACAGAAAGUCGCAGUGUGUCCUGAACUACAGCUGAUGCUGGGUAAAGGUAGAUUUCUAGUACUUUUUUAGCUGUUAGCUUUAAAAAAAAAUAAAAUUCAGCUAAGUUUGUAAGUUCGGCACCGAUACAUUCCGCUAAAAAUAUUUUUGCAUCAGAUUUGUUCAGUGUAAAAAUUCCAUCCUCACGCUGCCUUACGGCUGGGACGGAUUAUUGUCUACGCUUUUAACCUUCUUCAUAAAAAAAAGACAAGUAUUUCACAUGAUAUUAAUAAUAAUAAUAAUAAUAUCGAAAGAUUAAAUAUCAGGGUUCUAUCGUAUGUCUGAUUAUCGGCACAUGCCUCAAGAAGAGCACACGGUUCAAGCACUUUGUUUUAGCAUCAUAGAAUGAUUGGGCCACUUUGGUUCUACUUUUAUGUUUGAUGAUGAGAAAGAUGAUGAUGAGGAGGAUGAUGAUGAGGAUGAUGAGGAUGAGGAUGAUGAAGAUCGCUGCUAACUUGUAUCCAUUACCUCCAGACCACCGAAGCCAGUAUCCACGUUUCUGUUCAUUCUUGAAGCCUCUAACACACAGAUGUGCCUGCAUGAGUGUGUGUGUGUGUGUCUCUGUGUGUGUGUGUGUGUGUGUUUCAUAACUGACAUCUAGCCUUAUAAUACUCCAUUACAUAUAUAUAUACAUAUAUACAGUGUGUAUAUUGUUGUUAACGAGGCAUUGAUGAUGUGUGUGAUUUCAGAGUGUUUAGUAGAUCAUUCCUAUUUUAUUUGGAUUUUCAUUUCUUCUUGCACGCGACGUCCCUGACGACAAUCUUCCCGCCGCGCUCCGAAUCCGUCAUGAGUUUACGCACUACACCAAACGUGCCAUUAUACAUAUAAUAAUAUACAUUAACACACAGUAUGUCGAUAUCAUGAACACUAAAUUAUCGUCGUUACCCCACGUGCCACGUUCAGACAGACGCUCCUUAGAGUAAGGACGGCCAUCUUAAUUUUCUUUUUUUUUUUUGGAACAAAUUCCUAUUAUUGUAAAUUGUGAUUCAGUUAUAAUGAUAUGAACAUUUAAUAUCAGCACACACACUUGCCUUUUUUUUUUUUUUUAAAAGAACACUCGUACACUUUGUCCAAAGAUGUUUACACAUGUAGGAAUAUGCUGAUAUUAAAAUUUCAUAUCACGAUACGAUAAAUUUAGAACAGUUCAUGAUAUUAUGAGAGGACACUGCCUUAUUCGAGUGUAAUACACGUGAUCUUGCCUUCGGAUUUCACCGAUUUAAAAUAAUAUUCCUGUAUUUUUGAACUAGGUUAUGAGAAGACACAUAGAUGGAGUGAUGAGCGUUUAGUGAAUCAUAUUAUUUGAUUCAGCUCACCCGUAAGAGUCGACUCUUUCGGCGCCCAAACGAAUCGUUCGGACCAGACGAAGUUUACGAUGUUUACGAUACCGCUGAUUGUUCUUUUGCGUAACUGUGGCUGAAAUAAUUUCAUAAAAUACUACUCUGCCUUCUAAUUAACCAAAUAACGUUACUCUACAGGGCGAGUCGAUUCAAAGAGCCGAAUCGUUCGCAAAAAAAAAAAAAAAAAAAAAAAAGACAUCACUACGACGUAAAUUAAAUUUGAUCAGCUGAUCCACAAAACGUGAGCGUUAGCGUUUAAUUUAAUUAAUUACGCAUUAUAAUAAUUAACGUUAUCUAGUGGUGGAUAUGUGACACUAAUUAGCAAGGCAGCUUUAUAGGAUUUUAAAAUUACAUCCAUGAGUCGAGUUUGCUUAAGAUCUUCUCUCUGUAAACGCUGAUCGGUCUCUGGGUGUACUGAUGAUAACUUACCAACGAUAACUGGUAAAUAUUUACCACUCAGUUUUUGAAUUUAAGCCAGUAAGUGUACAGUUUUUUUUUUUUUUUCCUUUUUUUGGCUCGUUCACUUUUAUUUCAGAUCAGAAUGCACUAUUUUGACACGUUCAUCCUCCAUCCUUCGCCAUCAUCGCCAAGGCACGCAGCACAAUCCCACUUUGACGGAGUAGAAAGCGGGGAAAAAAAGCUCUACACAUUUCGUGCACAAGCUUCCUGCACAUUUCAAUAAUCCUAAUAACUUCCUAAUAUCUUCUAAAUGUUUGUACAGGAUUUCCACACAGCUGUGUGUAAUUGUGUAAUGAUGUAGAUUUGUAUGUGAUUAUUUGGAGAGUCACUGCGUUUCCGAUUAAAACAACUUCUACCUGUGA